AUGUCCCGGCAUCUUCAGUCGAACGUGUGGUCGGACUGUGCCUACAGCCUGGAGAAUGUGAAAUCCGGCCGCUGGCACCUCGGGUCCUCCGGCUCCUGGGGCCGCUCGGAAGGAGUCUGGAAGGACAUUAUGACGGUCACCAAGGCCAAGCAGGUUUGCUUCAUCCAGCGAGUCCACUUUUAUUUCCAGAUCAAGCGCCGCCAGGUCAGGGCGGCUGUGCAUGCACGCAUGAAUCAGGAGACGUGGGACUCCACUCUUGAAGGUGUGUGCUUCCUGGUGUGGGUGCUGGAUGCCAUGAAGACUGCCACCACGGAUGACGGUGCCGCCCCGCUUUUCACGAAGGAACUCCUCCGAAGUGCCUUCCAGAAAGUUCUGGAAGGGGACUACACUACGGAGGCGGACAAGCACUGCCUCCUCAAGCUCCCGGACGUGAAGCCCCAGGAUUGUGCCAUUUGGGCAGACCACAUGCCCAAAGACCCGGCUGCCAACUCGCUCAAGGACUGCCAGGAGCAGUUCUUGAAGCUUGACCAGGAGUCGAUUCAGAAGACCUUCGAGGCCGACUGCUACAAGCUGGCUUGGGAUCUGUCUGCAUUCGCAAGCCACCUGGCUUCCCUUUGCCAAAGCAGACGAAGCGCCCAGUUGGCGAAAGUCUGCCACGUCCGGGCCGAGAUGAAACGAGGGUCCAACGCAGUCGUGAACUUCAUUGAGAGGAACAACUACCACGAGACUGCGCUUUUCAAGGACAGCACUGUCUGUGAAAACAUCAAGAAGGCCAGGAUGGCCGGCAUCCUUAUCGUGCCGGUGCUAGCUUCUUCGAGAGUUGGCAACGGCAUCCGAGGUGAGAUUCGGCGCCUGGAAGACAAGCUGGACGCAAAGUUCUUGGAUAAUGUCUCUGUGAAUGUUCGAAUGGGCGAACCCCACAACAACAAGAGACAUGCCCUCCUGUACCCGGCCCUGGUGUGCUGGGCUUCAGGUGGCUCAGAAAACAUCUUUGAGACCUCCAAGCUGGUUGUGGACAGGUGCAACCGCGAGCCAGUGGAGUGGAUGCUGGAACGGGACUAUAAGGUCCCGACCAUCGGCAAGGGUGCCACGCCGAGCACCCGGGAGGACCUGGACAGGUCCCAUUCGGAAGCCCAGGAGGCUGCCCAGCAUCUGGGCGGAUUGCACAUGCCAAAGGACGCCCACGGCCUGGACAACAACAGCAAGAUCUGUUGCGUCAACCUGAGGCCCUAUGAGGGUGCCUUGGAGAAGGCCUGUCUUCAGUCGGCUCACCACAAUGGGCCCAGGAUUCUUUCCUACUCCGUUGGCGAAGACCACACGGUGGUGAAGUACUCCGAAAGAUUGCUCGCACAGUACUUGUUGGAGGACUGGAAGGCGGGGAACAACUUCAUCGGGGCACCAGCCUUCCAGCCGGAUCCGCCGGCACCCGGCCCCGAAGGCACUACCGAGCCUACCUUCAACCUCUGCUCCCUGGCCCAGAACUCCGACGGCACCCCGGCCCUCGCUUUGCCCCCCGGCAUCCGCUCAAAGUGGUCGGAGGACUCAGCACGCAAGGAUGAUUGGGACAAGCUCUUGAGCAAGUUCGAUGCAUCGGCCCACACGACUACCGCAGCAUCCAGUGCAGCCCCUUCGAGUUCCACUUCCGACAAAACAGGGGCCAUUGUGCAGGGCAGCAGUGAGGCAUGGAACUCCGAGCCCCGAACCCUUGAUGAUCUCGAAGCUCGGUACGACACCUUGCACACCUUCCCGGGCCGGAAUGCGAACACGGUGCUCAAGAUUGUGCCGGCAAGCGAGAAGGGCCAGGAGACUGCUAAGUUGGUCUGCGAUGGCCAGCAGCACAAGCUGUUCAUGGUUUCGGGCUCAGAGAUCCCUCAUUCUGCUAGCAGAGUAUCAUCAAAAGUCUGUUGUGUGUUAAAUGGUUCUGAUCUAGCGACGACUACUACUCUCAGCUAA